AUGUCUGGCUGGACCACCCCCAAGGAUAUCAUCCUGAAGGUUGCUGGUCUCCUCACCGUCAAGGGUGGUACCGGUGCCAUCAUUGAGUAUCACGGUCCCGGUGUCGACUCCCUGUCUUGCACUGGUAUGGGUACCAUCUGUAACAUGGGUGCCGAGAUUGGUGCUACCACCUCCAUUUUCCCCUUUAACGACCGCAUGUACGACUACCUGAAGGCCACCAAGCGUCAGCACAUUGGUGACUUCUCCCGCGAGUACGCCGCCCAGCUCCGCGAGGACGAAGGUGCUCAGUACGACCAGCUCGUCGAGAUCAACCUGUCUGAGCUCGAGCCCCACGUCAACGGUCCCUUCACCCCCGAUCUUGCCACCCCUCUCUCCAAGUUCAAGGAGGCUGUCAAGACCAACAAGUGGCCCGAGGAGCUCAAGGUCGGUCUGAUCGGAUCUUGCACCAACUCCUCUUACGAGGAUAUGUCCCGCGCUGCCUCCAUCGCCCGUGAUGCCCUCGACCACGGCCUCAAGUCCAAGUCUCUCUUCACCGUUACCCCCGGUUCCGAGCAGAUUCGCGCUACCAUCGAGCGUGAUGGUCAGCUCCAGACCCUCGAGGAGUACGGCGGUGUCAUCCUUGCCAACGCCUGUGGUCCUUGCAUUGGUCAGUGGGACCGUAAGGACGUGAAGAAGGGUGAGGCCAACUCUAUCAUCUCCUCCUACAACCGUAACUUCACUGGCCGUAACGACGCCAACCCCGCCACCCACGCCUUCGUCGCCUCCCCUGACCUGGUCGUUGCCAUGACCGUUGCUGGUACCCUCAACUUCAACCCCGUCACCGACUCCCUCAAGGACAAGGAUGGCAACGACUUCAUGCUCAAGGCUCCCACCGGUGACGGUCUUCCCAGCCGUGGCUACGAUGCUGGCCGUGACACCUACCAAGCUCCCCCGCCUGACCGUGCCUCGAUCAGCGUUGCCGUCUCCCCCAGCAGUGACCGUCUUCAGAUCCUCGAGGGCUUCAGCGCUUGGGACGGCAAGGAUGCCACUGACAUCCCCAUUCUCAUCAAGUGCCAGGGCAAGACCACCACUGACCACAUCUCCAUGGCUGGCCCCUGGUUGAAGUACCGUGGCCACUUGGACAACAUCUCCAACAACAUGUUGAUCGGUGCCAUCAACGAGGAGAACGGAGAGGCCAACAAGGUCAAGAACGCCUUCACUGGUGAGUACGACGCUGUUCCCGCCACCGCCCGUGACUACAAGGCCCGCGGUGUCAAGUGGGUUGUCAUUGGUGACUGGAAUUACGGUGAGGGUUCUUCCCGUGAGCACGCUGCUCUUGAGCCCCGCCACCUCGGCGGUCUCGCUAUCAUCACCCGCUCCUUCGCUCGUAUCCACGAGACCAACCUGAAGAAGCAGGGUAUGCUUCCUCUGACCUUCACCGACCCCGCCGACUACGACAAGAUCAAGCCCGAGGACAAGGUCGACCUCAUGUGUACCCAGCUUGAGGUUGGCAAGCCCAUGACUCUCCGUGUCCACCCCAAGUCCGGUGCCCCCGCCUUCGACGUCUCCCUCAGCCACACCUUCAACGAGUCCCAGAUUGAGUGGUUCCACGACGGCUCUGCCCUCAACACCAUGGCCCGCAAGGCUUAA